GGUGCAUGCUGGGAGUGGGGGCAGGACUCUCAAGAUGGCGGCGCUGCGAGCGGCUGCGGGGAGCGGGCGGCUUCUCCUUCAGACCCGGCACAGAGCCCUGCACAGCCGCCAGGUCAACAUGUCGUUUGCCAGCCUGUCGCGUGGGAAGAAGGUGGCACUGUCCACGCUGGGCAUGCUAGCCGUGGGUGGCAGUGCUGUUGCGCUGGCUUUGCAUCGCUCUGUAACAGCUGAUGAACUCGAGUUGCAUCCUCCCAACUACCCGUGGAGCCACAAUGGCUUGCUGUCUUCUCUCGAUCACGCCAGCAUUCGCCGUGGGUACGAGGUGUACAAGCAGGUGUGCUCAGCCUGUCACAGUAUGGAGUACCUGGCCUUCCGAAACCUGGUGGGUGUCUCGCAUACCGAGGAGGAGGCCAAGGCUAUUGCUGAGGAGUAUGAGAUCGUGGACGGACCUGAUGAAAACGGUGAGAUGUUUACCCGCCCUGGAAAGCUCUCAGAUUACUUUCCGAAGCCGUAUGCCAACAGCGAGGCUGCCCGCGCGGCCAACAACGGAGCUCUUCCCCCCGAUCUCAGCUACAUCGCCAAUGCCAGGCACGGCGGUGAGGAUUACGUGUUCACCCUCCUGACCGGUUACUGCGAUCCACCAGCGGGAAUCAGCUUACGAGAAGGUCUUUAUUACAACCCGUACUUCCCUGGUCAGGCCAUCGGGAUGGCACCUCCGAUCUAUGACGAGAUCCUGGAGUACAGUGAUGGAACGCCUCCGUCCAUGAGUCAGAUUGCUAAAGAUGUGUGUACGUUCCUGCGCUGGUCUUCCGAGCCUGAGCACGAUCAGAGGAAAAGGAUGGGCCUGAAGAUGCUGAUGUUCUCGUUGAUCGUGAUACCAAUGUUGUAUUACAUGAAGAGGCACCGGUGGUCCGUAUUAAAGAGUCGAAAGAUUGCGUACAGACCCCCGAAAUAACACCCCCCACCAGGAUGCUUCUCUCAACUCCAGUAGUGCCUGUCCUAUUCCACACGCAGACUGGAUUAAGGGAUGGUCAUUGGAGACGUUUUUUAAAAUAACGAACAGUAGGAAUGUUUGUUCAGUGGCAUUCAAACAUGGCGCAUCGUCAAACCCCGAGCAUUCUAAAACUCCUCCCAAGAUCAAGUUGGUGGCACAGAAUCUAGGGAUGUUCCCACCUACGGUAGUGCCUCGUGGGAGUGGCCUUUCUUUUUAAAUGUAUUUAGAAACUCACGCAAAACACAAGCUGCUGAUUUUCACCCUCUGGGGAGCUGUGAGUGUUACUCCCACUCUUAGCAGAGAGAUGGCAGCGAAAGAAAUUCCCAUUAUUCACUCCGAGGCUUCUUGGAAACUUGGGGAUGGAAGCGCAUCCCAACUCCUUUCACUGAGAUCUGAUCAGUGUCCGUCCCACACAGUGAUUAAUCUCAUUAAAGAAUUUAAAGGAAAGUGUGCAUCUGUACUGACGUGAAACGGUUGCAAUCCUGACAUUAUCUUUGGUUGAGGAGUUUUGAGCUUUGUUGAGUGUUUUGUGCAAUGUCGUUCCAAAAAAAAUGCAAGGAUUAUUAAUGCUUGUUCCAGAAUGGGUACAUUUUUUGUUUUCUGUUUUCAGUCCUACUGUGAGUUGAGGGAUUCCCUCCAUUACCAGACAUUACUAUACACAGCACUGUGUAAAUAUUUAAUGACCUGCUUGUUUAAUAAAUGCUACUGGUGUCUGGUU